AUGGAUUCCUAUCGACUCUAUACAGUUGUUCCUUAUCUCUUAAAGUUCAUUGACAAUUUGACCAAUAUAUACGUAAGAUUUAAUCGUAAGAUAUUUAAAGGUCGCACUGGAGAAGAAGACUGCAGAAUUGCACUUUCAACUCUCUACCAUGUGCUUUUAACUUGUUGUAAAGUAAUGGCUCCUUUCACACCCUUCUUCACUGAGGUUCUUUAUCAAAACAUGCGAAAAGUAUCCAGUGGAUCAGAGGAAAGCAUUCACUUUUGUAGUUUCCCUCAAGUGGAAAGAAAGGUAGGGAGUCGUAUUGAACAAAGUGUUGAAAGAAUGAUGAAAGUUAUUGAUCUUGCACGUAAUAUUCGUGAGCUACACAAUAAAUCUCUCAAAAUUCCACUCAGAGAAAUGAUUGUUGCACAUACAGAUGCUGAGUUUCUUGAUGACAUUACUGGAAAACUGGGAGAGUAUUUGUUAGAAGAGCUCAAUGUUUUAUCUGUUGUGCCAUGUAAUGAUACUUUGAUGUAUGCUUAUUUACGUGCUGAACCUAAUUUCAGUGUGUUGGGAAAAAGACUGGGGAAGUCAAUGCGAGUAGUUGCUGAAGCAGUGAAGGCAAUGUCACAAGAAGAAAUUUUAGCUUUUGAAAAAUCAGGAGAAAUUACUAUUGCUAAUCAUUGCUUAAAGCUCUCUGAUAUCAAGAUCAUACGUGAGUUUAAACUCCCUGAUGGGGUGACUGAAGAGGAAAUGGGUGGAUAUGCUGAUGGUGAUGUAACGGUGGUACUGGACUUACGCCCUGAUGACUCCUUGUUUGAAGCUGGUUUUGCACGUCUGGUUGUUAAUCGUAUCCAAAAGUUAAGGAAAGAUUCUAAACUUAAACCCACCGACAUUGUGGAGGUCUACUUCAAGUCAUUGGAUGAAGACACAUCACUCUCUUCCAAAAUUUUAAAAUCUCAGGAAGCAUACAUCAUAGAGGCGAUAGGUUCUCCUUUACUUGAUUAUCAUCUGUGUCCUGACAAUGCUAUCAUUUUGUCAACACCAACUUUAACAUUCAACGAUAAUGCAAUCCUUCAUUUAUGUACAGGGAAUGCGAAAUAUGCAGAGGCAUUGAAGGUAUAUUUGUUAUCGAGGGACCACUCCAAUCUGAAAUUAGAAUUUCGACGAGGAAAUUGCAAGAUUAAAGUGGAUUGCAUUGAAAAUCAGCCAGCUGUCGAUGUGGUGUUGGGAGAACAUGUGUUCUUGACAGUUGGGGAUUAUUACUCCCCAACCACCAACAACAAUUGAUGAAUAUAAUAGUAUGAUGGUGUUGUUUUUAUAGAUUUGG